AUGAAUAGUAUUUCAGAGCAAGACUACCAAGUUCUGGUUAACGACUUUAACGCCACUGACGACAUCUCGUUACUAGGUGGUCGUUUGGAUCAGCUAUUUGAGAAAGUUGCGGAUAGCUUUCCAGAUAAAAUAGCCUUGAUUCACAACGAAACCAACGUAUCCUUUAAAGAGCUCAAUGUGCUUGCCAAUACCUUUGCUCGAGGUCUCAAAAAGCGAGGUUUAAAACAUGGUGAUGUGGUCGGCCUUGCCGUAUCACGCUCCAUCGACCUUAUUGUUGUUAUGCUAGCCGUGCUAAAAAUAGGUGCUUCUUAUGUUCCUAUCGACCCAUCAUUCCCCGCCGAACGCAUCAAUCAAAUGGUUGAAGAUGCCGGUCCCAAACUUAUCCUCCUUAACGACAGUCCGACCAAGGGGCUUGCAGGAUGGAAAGACCUAUGUCUAGGUGUUGGAAAUGCAAGAGAUAGCUCAAUCACCGACACGACCAACCUUGAAACUGAAAUUCAACCUCGGGAUCUAGCAUAUGUAAUCUAUACAUCUGGUUCUACUGGGCGCCCCAAGGGUGUUGAGAUUAGCCACGGAGCCGCUGCUAAUUUUCUGAGCUCGUUGCGCAAGUAUGAACCGGGUUGCAACGAGCAUGAUCGAUUGCUUGCCAUCACGACCAUUUCUUUUGACAUGUCAGCUCUAGAGCUGUUAUUGCCACUUGUGUCUGGUUGCACAAUGAUAAUCGCAAAUUCAAGUGCCGUCAAGGAUCCGCGCGAGCUCAUCGGCCUAAUGAAGCGCCACCAAGUCACCAUCUUGCAAGCGACACCCGCAACAUGGACAAUGCUUCUCGAGUCUGGAUGGGGCGGAAAGCCGCGACUCUCCAAGGUCAUUUGUGGUGGUGAACCUCUCUCUCGCCAACUUGCGGACCGCCUGCUCGCCUCUGCUGAUUCGGUGUGGAAUGUGUACGGACCUUCCGAGACGACCUACGGAAGCGUUGGAAAAGUUGGAGAGGGCGACAUUGUGGUGGGAAACCCGGUUGCCAACGGUAGAAUCUACGUCCUCGACGAUAAUAUGUCACCUGUGCCAAAAGGUUGUGAAGGUGAAGUAUAUAUUGGCGGUGGCAGUGUAUCGAAUGGGUACCGCAAUAAAGCCGAGCUCACACGGUCUCGCUUUCUCAACAAUCCUUUUCACGGUGGCAUAUUCUUCCGCACUGGUGACCUGGCUCGGUUUAUAGGGCCGGGAAAACUACAAGUCAUAGGCCGCAUAGAUGGGGUGGUCAAGAUCCGUGGUCACCGCAUUGACGUUGGGGACAUCGAAACAGUCCUUCUUGGUCAUGCUAAUGUUUCUGAGGCGGUUGUUAUAAGUCGUGAUGAUCGUCUAGUGGCGUACUGCGUGCUUUCUGUACCCUUUCAAGAAACAAGUUCACUUGAUAACAUUCUACGCCCUUGGGUUGCCGAGCGACUCCCACUCUAUAUGCUGCCCACCUUUUUCGUACAAAUGGAUGCAUUGCCGCUAUCACCCAACGAAAAGGUCAACCGCAAGGCCCUCCCUGACCCGAUAGAGUUAAUCCAAAUACAAAACACGAUACAGCCCAUCUCCGACUUGGAGCUACAAAUACAAACUAUUUGGUCAGACAUUCUUGGCCACAACCGCAUUGGCGUAGAAGAUAACUUCUUCAACAUCGGCGGCGAUUCGGUGCGCCUAAUCCGCAUGCAAACAUUGAUAGAGAAACAGCUGUGUCGGUUGGUACCAACACCCAAACUGUUCGAGCACUACACGAUCAAGACAUUGGCCCUAUACCUGGCUGGUACAGACAAGGAAAGCUACAAGCAGGAACCUCACAGCACAAUGAGAGAUGGACUUACUGGAAACGAUGAAGAUAUUGCUGUAGUUUCUAUGGCGUGUAGAUUGCCUGGUGGUGUGGAAACGCCAGAGGAUUUCUGGCAACUGUUGCAAAGCGGUGGAGACACCAUUAUCGAUGUUCCUAGAGACCGUUGGGAUGCUGAAAAGCUAUACAAUGCAGAUCCUGAUGUUGAUGGCACGUCAUAUUGCCGCCGUGGUGGCUUCCUCAACUCAGUUCAUUCCUAUGAUGCAUCGUUCUUCGGGAUAUCGCCGCUUGAGGCACGAGAAAUGGACCCAGAGCAACACCUGAUGUUAGAGCUGUGCUGGGAAGGAUUUGAACGGGCUGGUUAUACAAAGAGUCAGCUGAGCGGUAGUUCAACAGGUAUUUUCCUCGGCGUUAGCAAAAAUGCGGCAGCAAAUAGUAUUCCGCGAGAUUUCAAGGGAUACUCUAUCACCGGAAGCGCAAGCGCCACCAUGUCUGGACGUGUGUCCUAUACCUUUGGUCUUCAGGGGCCAUCUCUAGUUGUUGAUACUGCAUGUUCGUCGUCUCUGGUGGCCACGCACCUGGCCUGCAAUGCUUUACGCCACGGCGAAUGCAACAUGGCUUUGGCUGGCGGCGUCAGCCUUCUACUCACCCCAGGUAUACACGUUGAAUUUAGCAAGCUCCGCGGCCUUUCGAAAGAUGGCCGCUGCAAAGCCUUCUCAGAUGAUACCGACGGUACGGGAUUUAGCGAUGGUGCCGCUAUCGUGGUCCUAAAGCGCCUUUCUGAUGCCCAGCGCGAUGGCGACGAAAUCCACGCCGUGCUGCCUGGUACUGCAGUGAUGCACGGAGGUUCCAGCUCUGGCCUAACUGUACCCAGUGGCCCUGGCCAGGUGAGACUGAUCCGCACUGCUUUGGCCCGCGCUGCGAUGGAGCCAGGCGACAUCGACUAUAUCGAGGCUCACGGCACUGCCACCAAGCUCGGCGACCCCAUUGAAGCUGCCGCGUUGUCCGAAGUAUUUGGGAUGCAGCGCCCUAGCUCGAAUCCUCUAAGACUUGGCUCUGCUAAGUCCAAUAUUGGACAUACCCAAGCCGCUGCUGGCCUCGUCGGCUUGUUAAAGGUAGUGUUGUCUAUGCAAAACAAUACUCUGCCUAAAACAUUGCAUGUAAGAGAGCCUACUAGAGCAGUCGAUUGGAAGAGCGCCAAUAUGGAAUUGGUCCUACAAAAUCGACCAUGGCUGCCAACCGACAGCCGGCUGCGUCGGGCUGGUGUGAGCGCCUUUGGCAUUGGUGGCACAAACGCUCAUGUCAUCGUUGAAGAGCCCCCUAGGAUCAUCAUUGAGGAUACCGCUGACAAGAUCACUAAAUCCGAACUCCCAAUUGCCGUGCCUUUCGUCCUGUCAGGCAACAGUGUCUCUGCUCUUAGGGCACAGGCUGAGAAGCUGCGGAUACAUAUCGAGAGCGGCUAUGGAAAGGACCACCGUCUGAGCGAUGUAGCAUACUCGCUAGCCACAUCCCGCACACAUUUCCACCAACGACUGGUAGUUAUCGCAAAAGAUAAGGCGCAGAUUCUGCAGAAGCUGGAGUUUGUCAGCUCGGGCUCUGGUAAGCUGCGCAAUGUGAACGAGAUCGGCAAGGCAAGCUUGGGAAUGCUCUUCACUGGACAGGGUAGCCAACAACUAGGAAUGGGUAAAGAUUUAUAUGCUAUCUAUCCUGUUUUCCGUGAUGCCCUAGACGACAUUGUUGGGAGGUUCACAGAGCUGGAGUGGCCCCUUCUCGAUAUCAUGUGGGCCGAACCGGGAAGCGCGAGUGCUUCCUUGUUAAGCCGUACGGAAUUCGCACAGCCUGCUCUGUUUGCCCUUGAGGUAUCUCUCUGGAAAUUGUGGCAGAGCUGGGGCGUGAAACCUGCUUUUCUGCUUGGACACAGUGUCGGGGAGCUUGCAGCGGCUCAUGUUGCAGGAGUCUUAGACUUGCCCGACGCCUGCCGACUUGUGAUGAUGCGCGGUCGGUUGAUGCAAGCCCUUCCAAACCAUGGAAAGAUGGUAUCAGUAGAAGCAAGCAGCGUCGAGAUGGUAGUGGUAGUUAAUAAACUGCGCCAGAGUGGCAAGGUUGAAAUCGCAGCCUACAACACACCUUCCGAAACUGUUAUAUCUGGAGAUUCUGAGGCUGUUGAUGCUGUAGUAGCUCACAUAGCAAAAGGAGGUCGUAAGGUCAAGGUGCUCGACACUAGCCAUGCUUUCCACUCAUAUCACAUGCUUGGUAUGCUGGUUGACUUCAGGGCCGUGGCCGAAACUGUUCGCUUCAGCCCACCGAAGAUCCCUAUUAUCAGCAGCAUGACUGGGAGAGUGGCCAAUCCGGGCGAGCUUGAACAAGCCAAGUAUUGGGUUCAGCAGGCCCGCAAUGCUGUUCGAUUUAGCGAUGCGUUCCAAGAGCUUGCCAAUCAAGGUGCGAACGUCUUUCUCGAACUUGGGCCCAGUCCAGUGCUUUGCAGCUUGGGGGCGGCAUGCAUUGCCGAUACUUCUAAAGCGAGUACUGCUCUCUGGCUUCCCUCUCUGAAGCGAAAUAUGGAUGGAAGCUCCGUGAUCCAAAAUAGCGUUAGCGAGCUGCACGUGCGACAUGUGCCGGUUGACUGGUCUGCAUACUUCAAGCCUUUUGGUUGCCAAAGAGUGAACCUCCCUACUUAUGCUUUCAAUCGGGAGGGUUUCCAACCUCCGAAUAAGGUGUCCAGUUGGUUUGGUGGCAUCUCAGCAAGCACCGACGCUGAUCAAGCCAUAGAAAAGAUGAUGUUCGAAAUCAAAUGGCGUCGGCUCGACAAGGACAACAUCCAACCACGUGGUAUAUGGGGUCUUCUCUGCCCAUUAGAGGAAACAGAGUGGACAAAAGACGCCCAAAGAGCAUUAUCAAACGCAGGGAUCCAACUAGCACCUGUUACGAAGCUUCAGCAGGCCAAGCAGCUUGACGGGCUGCUCUCUCUGUGGGACUCUGACGCCGAUGUUGUGCAGAUGGCGCAUAACUUCACCGCAAAAGCGUUGGCUCAGUUGCAAGCGGUAGCCAGAAUUGGAUUUGAUGUGCCAGUGGUCUGGGUCACCCGGCAUGCCAUAACUACCGGCGACGGUGAUCGACCUGUGAAGAUCGGAGCCGCACCGCUAUGGGGUCUGAUGCGAACUGCUCGGAGUGAGCAUCCGGAGUUACGUCUACGCUUGAUCGAUGUGGAUGAGGAGACGAACCUGGCUGCACUAGGCUUGACCCUGAUGCUGGGUGAUCAAACAGAAACCGCUGUCCGCAAGGAACAGCUUCUGAUGCCGUACAUGGAGCGAGUUAAGUUGGCUACAUCGCCACCAGCUGGGCAGCCAUUGCUUCAAACUGCCGGCGCUGUAUUGAUUACAGGUGGCCUCGGUGAUCUUGGUGGCCGUGUAGCCCGCAGACUGGUGAGCUCGCAUGGGGUUUCCGACUUGGUUUUAAUGUCGCGGCGUGGCAUGGAAUCCCCGGGUGCUGAAGCAUUUGUGGCCGAGCUUGCAAUGUUAGGAGCUAAAGCUACUGUAGUUGGCGGCGACAUAGCAGAUCUUGGCAGUCUUCGGUCUAUCAUGCAACUAUUUACAGCCAAUCGACCCUUACGCGGCGUGGUUCAUGCUGCUGGGGUAGUUGACUCAGGGAUUCUAUCGUCCUUGACGCCCCAAAAAUGUGACACGACGCUUGCGCCAAAGGUAGACGGCGUAUGGAAUCUCCACCAACUCACCAAGGAUCUAGACCUGGAUCUCUUCAUGAUGUUCUCCUCCAUCUCUGGUAUCAUGGGUUUACCGGGACUGGGAAACUAUGCCGCCGCCAACUCCUUUAUGGAUGUGCUUGCAUACCUGCGGCGCGCACAGGGUUUGCCUGCAACGUCGGUUGCAUAUGGUAUCUGGAAUGGAGAAGGCUUGACUACUAGUCUUGCUCCGACAACUCGUACCCAUCUCUCGCAGCUUGGACUGGGCUUUCUUGCGCCGGAAGUUGGGCUGGACCUAUUCGAGGAGGCUGUUCAACAAGGCCGAGCGCUCACAGUGGCUGCAGUCCUUGAUUUACCGCAGCUCAAGGCCUACUACGAAGACCAAGGGGGAGUGCCUCCAUUCCUACAGUCAAUUCUUGGUCAAACCAAGGUUAGUACGCCAACUAAUCAACCCAUCAGCUUGCGUGAGAUGUUGCUCGAUGCUGCCCCUGAACAGCACGGCAGCAUAGUAUUGCGUAUGGUCCAAGGAACCAUAGCCAAAGCCUUAGGACACACCCGAAUGGAUUAUAUAGACGCCAGUCGACCCCUGCAUGAAUUGGGGAUUGACUCUUUAACCGCGGUUUUGACGCGCAACCAUCUAUCAACGUUGACGGGCAUAGCACUGCCGCCCAAUAUUACCCUCCUUCAUCCUAACCUGAAGUCACUUAGUAAUUUUCUCUUGUCACAAUUGCUAAGCGAUAUGGAGAGUGGCACAUCAAGUGUGUCAGAGAAUGGCGCUUUAACUCCACCCAGCACGGUAUCGGCUGCUUCUUAUAUCAACAUGGUAGACAUCCGAAGGGGUGUCUUGGAUCCAAGUUUCGAGUUCAAUAACAUCGCCACCUCAUGUUCGGGCACUCCUAAGACUGUUUUCGUGACAGGCCCAACAGGCUUUGUUGGCGCAUUCAUGGUACACGAAUUUCUUGAAAGAGGCAUCGCUGUGUACUGUCUUGUACGUGCUAGCAGCUCACAUCAGGCGCAGGAACGCAUGGUCGAAACUCUGAAACAAUACGGCCUCUUGAGGCCUAAUUAUGAGCACCUACUUAACGUGGUGGUCGGUGAUCUAUCCCAGCCCCUGCUCGGCCUUUGCGAGGAUGUGUUUUACGACCUGGCCAACCGAGUUGAUGCUAUUCUUCAUUCCGGGGCUCUUGUUGAUUGGAUGCGCCCAUUGGAAGAUUAUAUCGGUCCCAACGUCCUUGGAACGCAUGAGAUCCUACGUUUGGCCUCCCAUGGUCGUCACAAGGCAGUUCACUUCAUAUCCACCAUCUCCACAUUGCCUAUUCAUGUGGGCUACGGCCUUUCUGAACAUGACGGAGAGUAUGGCUACGGUACCUCAAAAUGGCUAGCUGAAAGGAUGAUUGUGGCGGCUCGUUUUCGGGGCGCGAGGGCAUCGUCCUAUCGUUUGCCUUUUGUAGCUGCCUCGACCACUAAUGGCCAGUUCCGACUUGAUAAAGGUGACUUUCUCAACAACCUUAUUACUGGAAGUCUAGACUUGGGUGCCUUUCCCUCACUUGAUGCGGACCUAUCUGCUGUGCUGCCUGUUAAUUAUCUGUGCAAUACUAUUGCUACCAUUAUGACGGAAGACCAUCAGCGAGUUGAUGAGGACUACGACUUUGUUAACCCGCAGGCGACUACAUUUAACCACUUUCUCAAGGCCAUGAGCAUCGCUAGUGGUGGUGGUGGAGAGACGAUCCCCUUUAGCGAGUGGCGCCGUCGAGCACAUGAGUAUACAGCAAUUCAUCCAAAGAGUUCGCUGGCCCGCAUCGCUACUAUCAUCGAUGGCUACACGGACGAAACUGCAGGUGCUUUGAUGAAGGGGAAUCCUAUCGGCAAGCACGUCUUUGGACUAGACGUUUAUCCCGCCCCGUUGUUAGAUAAGGAAUAUGUACGCAAGUAUUUCGAUCGUAUUACAGCCGCAAAGACAAAAAUGGAAAUAUAA